AUGGUUGCUGCGCUUAAAUUGAGUGAUGCGAUUAACCGUAAACGAGAUUUGAAGGAGGCAGAAUCUGACAUCGAUAUCAGCAGCACAGAUUCUGAAAACGACAGCAACAAUAGCGCGGAAGAGCAGGAAAUUGUGAACAUCGAUUUUGAUUUCUUCAAUGGAAAUAAAGAUGUGGAUUUCCACGCUCUAAAGAACUUACUUCGCCAACUCCUGGGUCCACAAGAGUCCAACAAAUUGCAGUUAAGCCCUCUCGCUGACUUAAUCUUGGAUUCCCCUACUACGACCAUCAAGACAGACGGACAGGAGUCUGACCCAUAUUGCUUUCUCUCCUUGAUCGACUACAAGUCCCACAACAGCUCUGAUUUUGCCCGUUAUUUAAGUAACGUGGAUACCAGACUAGCAGAUUUUCUCAAAUCCAUCGAUAACUCCAGCCACACAUGUGCGCUAGUACUUAGCGAACGGCUCAUCAAUAUGCCACCUGAGGUCAUAGCACCUAUCUACAACAUUACCUUAGAAGAUGCUUCAAACGCUCUGGGCAACGGAAAACACUACGAUUACUAUCUGAUCGUCAGCAGGAAGUUCGAGGUCAACGUUGAUGCAGAUGAUGAUGAAAAAGCCGGGAAGAGCCGCAAGCGGGUGAAGACCUCAGAGAUCGAUUAUUUCCACGAGGAAGACCGCUUUUUCGAGCGCCACGCCAAGAUCCAUUUUGAUUCCGAAAGUCGCAAGGGCCUUAUCUCGUCCUACGUCGUGAUAGACCACGCUUCGUUAGUCAAGUCUAUUGAAGAGGUAACCGAAGAGGUAGCGUCUUGGUGA